UCUUUCUUCUCAAAAUUGUCCAGCCAUUCAAAUUGUAUGCUUUCGUUUAUCGUUUGUAAAAUGUUUAUUCUCUAAUUUCGUAGCUUCCUAAGUGUUUAUCUAAAAUAUAUAGUUAUUGUUCAUGUCCAUAGUUUAUCGUUUAAAUCUUCCAAAGUAACUCGAGGCAAUUUAUAACCAAAUUAUAUUUAGAAAGAAUGGAUCGUGAUGGUGGUGGUCGUGAGUCUGGUAGAGAUAGUACAGGUAGUGGUAGUGUAGAUGAUGAAGUUAGAUCGGAACCCAUGAGAAAGGAUACACCUGGUCCAAUGCCCCAAUACCAAUACAAUCGGGAAAAACUUCAGGAAAUCCAAGAAAGUGCUGGUGCUAAGAAGCGUCCAUCAUACUUGUCGCCAUUGUAUGAUAAUGCUGAUGGUAUUUGGGACCCAGAAAAAUGGUGUAAGUCCUUCAAUCCUGAAGGGAGAGAAGGAUCUCCAAUAACUCUAGGUGAGAUCAGAGAGAGGAAACGCCCACUGGAGUUGGAUAGAGAUCUACUAAGAAGAAAACCAGCAGUUGAUGCUAAAGAAAGGUUGAAAGAAGAACAAGAUGGUAUAGUGUUGAGUCCACAGAGGCGGAGCUUUGGUACAGGGUGUCAUGUCAGUCAGACUAGUAGUCUAGCAAGACAGUCGAGUACUACGUCUGAUUACGCAGAUGAUAGAGAUCGAGGAGGAGACCGUAGAGAGAGAAGAAUUGGCAGUGGUAGAAUACAGAUUGACAGAGAUCAGGGUCGGGAUUAUCGUGGUCGCUAUGAUCGUGAUGAUCGGGAUAGAAUAGAUGAACGAGACAGACAUGAUGAGCGAGGUGAUCGUAGAUUCGAGAGGAAUGAUAGGUUUAGAAGAGAUUACGAUGAUCGGAGAGAUUUCAGAGAUUCGCGAGAUAUCCGAGAUAGGGAUAACAGAGUUGAACGUAGUGAAAGAGGUGAUAGAGAACGUGACCUGCGUGAUACCCGAGACCGAGAUCCGAGAAAUCUCCGUAACCGUGAUCCAAGAGACAAUCAACACCGAGACUAUAACCGGGAUAGAGACAACCAUAGAUACAGUUCUGGCAGACGCAGCCAUCAUCACGAAGAGGAGCCUGAAUGGUUUACCGCUGGACCAACUAGUAAGUCAGAUACAAUCGAACUUCAAGGUUUUGAGCGAGAUGGUGAUGCCAAGGAGAAUCAAGUGGAGGAGGUCAGGGAGCCAGCACCAAAGAAAGAAAAGAUCAUACCUAAGGAAACGAAGGAGGAAAAAGAGGAAAAGGACAAAGGUACUAAUUUUGGUGAUAGAAAUGGAAGUUUGGAGACCAACGAAUCCAGUUCUCCUGAAGCAGCUGAGACACGCCCAUCUCCAACGUCCAACUCAAUCUUUGAUUUCAACCAAUUUUUCCACGUUGGAAGCAUUCCAGGGUUGCAUGAUGAACCCGAAUCGACAGAAGGUGAUACAGGAAGUAGAUUUAGUAGAUGGUUUGCACAAGCUACAGGUAGUAAAGAGAACAGUAGAAGAUCUUCUAUUAAUGAUGAUUAUCAGUUUGAAUAUCUUAAUGAUAUAUUGAAGGAGUCGAGAAGUCCAGUACCCUUGAUACCCUCCCCUACUCCACCACCAAUACCAAAUGUUUUUGACAAAGGCCCAAUGUUCCCUCAUUUCUCCAACAUGGAAGAUAAAACGGCAAGACUAGAGACAGCUCUGCACCACAAAAAUAUGGCUGCCUUAAAUCCUAAUGUAAACCACAUGUUUAUGGCCAACACUCCGAACCUGGAUAGGGGCAACGCUUCUAUUCCGAACAACCAGGGUGUGUUUAGUUCACAAGAUGCAGAAGCUCACCUUAAAGCCAUGUUAUUCGGUAGUAGAAAAGAUUCUGGUUCCUCGAGUGGAACAUCUAGUCCUGCAGGUGGCAGUAGAUUGAAAACUGUUGCUGAAUUAGAAGCAGGAUUUCACCAGAAUUCACCCAGUUCUAGUGCUAGAAUGAGCCCCAUACAGCAUCAACAACAGAUGCAUCAGCAACAACAGCACCAACAUCAGCAGCAGCAGCAUCAGCAUCAUCAUCAACAUCAUCAUCAGCAACAACAGAUGCAUCAGCAGCAACAACAACAACAAUCAAAUAACAAGUCUGAAGAAGAUCUCACAGCAUUCAAUAAACUGCUUAGUUUAAUGACAGCAGGUGCUGGUUCAGGAUCACCAGAGCCACCCAAUUCACAGAUGAUGCCACAAGAGAAUCGACAGAUGUCACCAUUGACCAGUACAGCAGGAAUGCCACCUGGUGUCAAUAUGGCAACUAGUCAAUUUAACAGUAAAUUUAUGGAGGCCGUCAUGAGGAACCGGGAACAACAAAUGCACCUACAGCAACAGGCUUUAACACAGAUGCGAUUUCAACAGCCUUCUUCUCAACCCCACCAGCUUCCCCAGCACAUGCUUCCCCCACAACAACAGAUGGCAGGCACACCACGUCCUAUCGCCCAGGACCGUAUGCUGGCCAACUUCUUACAGCAGAAUCCAACUAUUAUAACGAAACCUCCGUCCCCUGCUGUAGGUCAGAUACCCAACAUUGUACAUAAUACAUCUACUCCACGUAUUGGUCAGUCUCCAACACCCAUCAUGGCUAAUAAUCUUCUACAAAAACAACAUCAACAACCUUCAGCUCCUAGAAUACCCUCACCCAUCAUGUUUAGUCAACAACCACCAAUGCAUCUAAAUGCGCCAUCACCCAUUCAUCCAUCACAACUUGGACGUGCAAUGCCUAAUAAUAAUACACUGAGUACAUCACCAACAAUGUUGAAUCGUAUACCUAGUCCUCAAGAACUGAUAGCCCACAAUCAGGCUAUCUUACAGAGUGCUCUCAUUAAAAAACAGCUAGAAGAUCAAAAAGAACGUUUCUUAAAGAAACAACAGGAUAGGGCAAAGUCACCAGGGUUGACAAGUGGACAGAAUCGACCAGUGACUAACCAGUCAAUGAUCUCCUCUACAACUAAUACAGUACAAACUGCAUCUAAUAAUAAGACCACCAUGACACCUGCCUUUACUCCUACAUCAGUGAUGAGGAAGAUGCAUUCAGAUAAAGCCAGUGAAAAAGAAAAGGGCAAGCCAGAUGGUGAAGAUAUAAUGAAUAGAGCGCCUAUAAAACAACUGAUACCAGACGGACAAGGUGAUCAUAUGGAUAUAAAGAGAGAUGGAGAUGUUACAGAUAUAAACGGACUGAUAGAUCAAAAUUUAACACAAGAUAUGAACAAAUUACAGAUGGGAGGUGGAUCUGUUAAUAUGCAGAUUAAAUCUGUACGGGCGGUUGUCGGUAAUUCUCAAAAUUCACAAAAUCAAAUACCCGCUCCAGUUUCUACGCCACAAGCUGGUAUUGGUAGACCUAUAUUUAAAAGUUUCAAUGUUUCACAAGCGAACAUGAACAUCAUGACAAGUACACCACAACCACAACAGAUACGAGCGGUGACACCUGGUGGAAUAAACAUACCAACGUCUGCACACAGACCUAUAACAGGUGGUGUAGGUAACUUACAACAACCCCCUCCACAAUCCCAGGUGCGACCAAACGUAUCGACUCCUCUCCCUAGACAAGGACUCACUAACUCCACGCAACAGUUUGGUAUCCCUAUUACUGGUCGUAUGCCCAUACAGAGUAAUGUACUAUCUGGUCAGGUACAUCCAGCAGCAGCUAAUGCCUUGUUAAUGCAGCAGAUGAUACAGAGUAAUACUAACGCAGCCAACGCCGCUGCUGCCAGAGUGAAUGUAAUGAACCAGUUAAAUCAGCUCCAUGUCAGUCCAAUGAAUCAGUUAAGCCAGAUUAAUCAAUUAGCCGCCCUACAGGCCCAACAGAGAAUGAUGGAUCCAAGAUUACAGGGUAUGAGAGGAGUUUAUCCAGGAAAUGUACCACCAAUGUUGAGUCCAAGGAGUAGUGCCACAACCCCCGUUGGCAUGGUUUCUCCAACUAACAGCGGUAUUGGUCGUGCGAUCUCUCCGGCUAAAUUAUUUCCAUUUCCUCAAAAGCAAAAUGGACCACUUUCCCCAAAUGUGGGUAACAUACUACAGCAGAAUAACUCCCCAGAAGGUAACAUAUUUAACAAAUUGUUUGGUGGAAAUGUUUUAAAAUCCCAGUUACCCAGUAUGCCACCAUUACCAGUACAAGGUCAGCGUGUGAUGACGGUAGAUGAGAUAGAACGGAACUAGAUGAAUGAUUGGUUGUAAGGAAAAGAUGUGUAAUAUAUCGGAAGACAAUUCGUGGUAUAUUUAUAUAUAGAUUAUCUAUCGUACCUGUUUUUUUUGUUGUUCAUUUUAUUUACCAGUGUGUGCUAGUUCAAAAAUAAUUUAAUUACAAAAAAAAAAAUUAACAAACAUCAUUGGAGCUGAGAGUUAUCUGCUCCUGUUUUUCAUUAUGGUUAUCUCCCUUUGAAACAUGUCUUUGUGUCAUUAAGUACCCUGCGAAAUACUCACCUAUUAUUCUUAUUACCUGUGCACAUUGGAUUCCUUUGUACAUAAUCCCUUUAUAAUCUAAUCUAAUUUAAUUAUUUUCACUUUUGUAAAUUAUCACCCUUUUCAAAUAUUUCUCUUCUCUCAUGAAACUUAAUUAGUCCAGGCACACCACCAUAUUCACUAGGCUAAGGCAAGCCUUAGCUACUCGUCACUAUUUAGUUAGUCUGUUAAGGUUUAGAACAGAAAGUAGCAGAACUCUGUUGAAGAAGUUUGCGUAUCGCGGGUGUCCUUUGCAGGACGGUGUUCUGAUGGGUGUCUUUCGCGGGACGGCGUUCUGAUGGGCGUCUUUUGCAGGACGGUGUUCUGAUGGGUGCCUUUCGCGGGACGGUGUUCUGAUGGAAGGCUUUCGCGUGUUCUAAUUUUAUGUAAAAUUAGUGUAUGUAAAGAUCAAUCUACAGCAAAUCCUGAAUAGACGUGGAAUAUGACAUUAGAGUUUCUAGUUUGUACAGUUGUAAAAAUGGAUAUAUUUAUGUAAUUAUGAUUUAUAUGUGUAUAUUGUUUAAGUAUUAAGGACAUUGAUGAACGGUUAUUACAGUCUAAUGUAUAAAAAUAAUAACACGGUGGAGUUUUUGGUUUCGGACUGUUACACCGGUCCCCCUUCUCUGUACAUAGAUGUAAAUAGUUUCAAUUUAAAGUGAAAGUUGAGGAUGAAAAAUGCUUUAUUUUUGUGGAUGGUUGCGAGACGAUUGAAUGGAUGAUUAGAUUUAACCAGUCACGUCGAUUGGGUGUAUGUGUGUGGUGGAUUAGAUUUAACCAGUCGUGUCGAUUGGGUGUAUGUGUGUGGUGGAUUAGAUUUAACCAGUCGUGUCGAUUGGGUGUAUGUGUGUGUUGGAUUAGAUUUAACCAGUCGUGUCGAUUGGGUGUAUGUGUGUGUUGGAUUAGAUUUAACCAAUUGCGUUGAUUGGGUGUAUGUGUGUGGUGGAUUGCAUGGGGUAUUUGAACAAUAUUUAUGAAAAGAGAGAACCGUCGUUUAUUGAUUUGAUUAUAUUUUGCCACAUAAUUCUUUGGAUUUCAAUUAAAAUUUAUCAUAUCAUGAUCUUUUGAAAUGAGCUUUAGAUGAAAGCUUGUUCAUCCAUUUGAUUCAUUGCACUUUAUUAUAAGAAUUGAGAGAAUUUUAUCAAACAUUUUUACAUAACAUUUGAAGGAAAAUUUCUGAGUGUUUCAUUAAUUAAUAUUAAAGUGAAAAAUAUUUUAAAGUGCCAAAGAAAUAUCAAAAAGAUUUUGUUGGUCAAAUUCUCUCCAUCAUUAUAUCUUCAUUCUGGAAGUUUUUCAUUUUGUGCGAUUAAUAAUAACGAUUUUUUGCUGUGUGCUUUUUUUCUGUUAAAUUUGAUUUCAAUGUGCUAUAAUAUAUAUAUUGUGUAUUCUUCAAUGUAUUUUUGCUUAUUUUUUCCGCAAUAAUUGCGUUUGUUUGUUUUGUAAAUGUAAUGUGUGACAUUGUUUUGUGUAGGUUAAUUAUUUGUCUUCAUUUGUUUUGUUUUCAUCAAUUGUUUUGUUUUCUUGUCCUUGAGAUCUUUCUUCUGUACAUAGGUCAUCUUUUGACGUCAUUUGAUUUAUGUUUUUUGUCGUGUUUUUGUCGUAAUGAUUAUUGUUUUGUUUUGAUCUGUCAAGUUUGUGUUUUUGUCUUGAAUUUAAAAAUAAUUUUGGGCUACAAAAUAUUUGAGGCUUUCAAGAAAAUGAUAUUCUGAAUGAAACAGAGCCCCUGGAUGUAAGAUAUUUCAAUAUUGAAUGUCUGUAUUAUUCCAGUAUUUAUCAGGAUUUAAUAAAAAAAAAUGAUUAUUUUAAUUUUAUUUUUCUCAGGCCAUUAUUAAAUGAUUGUAAAAUAGUAAGAAUAUUGAUUUGGAGGAGGUAUGAUUAUUCUACGAAAAAAACAAAGAUAUAUUUUAAAAAAUUGUUUUAUUCCAAUAGUAUAAUAACAUUAUAGCUUCAUAAAAUACAGAUGUGACGUCAUUCUUUGAUGUUGGUGUACCAUUAUUUCAAAUAAUGGUACUGACAAUGUGCCAAGUGUACAUUAUUUAUACUAGUAGAAAUAAUAGACCUGCGUAUUUCAUUGAAAUGCUCGUGCUAGAUAUUGUCUGUAUUUUAAGUUGUUUAAUGGUCUCGUGCAAGACAUUGUGUAAUAUAUAGAUAUAGCACUUGUGUGAUAUCAAUAUAUUACUUAAUGUCUGGCACUCGACCAAUAAACUACACAUAUUUGUCUUGAGAAGAGUUAUUUUAUAAUUGGAUGUUUUAAUAAAGGUCUGUAAUAUUCGAAACAAAUCAACUGCGCGAGAUAUUUGACUUGAUUUUAAAUCUAAAUUUUAAAGAAAUUCCUUUAGUUUUAUUUAAAGAUUUUAUUAGUUAAUAAAAUUUUUGUAAUGAAUCAGACUAAUAGCUAUUAAUUAAAGAGUUUCUAAUUUAACUCAAGGCUCAUAAUUAAACAUUGAAUUUGAAUUUCAUGGUAGGGCUCUCAUUUCAAGAAUAUUUGCAAGGUAUUUACAAGUUUAGAAUUUCAUCAAAUUUAAACCUAAAACACACAAAAAAUUACAUUUAGAUUUAUAGUUUUCUUUCCUAAAAACACUGAAAAUGUAUAAUCGGAUUAGGAUGAUGCUCAAAAUUUCCACUUUCUUUUGAAAAUAAUAUCUUGCUAAUCCCUGAUAAACAAAUAAGGUCAAGAAUUUUAUAUUCUAGCAAAAUUUUGAAAUGAAAGCCCAGACUCGUAGAGAAUUAUUAUUUUUAAUCUUCCAAAAAAAUGCUUAUAUGAAAGUGGAUAGUUUAAUUUUAAGGUACUUAAAUAUUGCUAAUGAAAAGUAUAUUUCAAAGUGUAGAAAUAAUUAAUUUUAAACUUGUAAAUUGCUUUGGGGUUAAUUACCAAGGAAUGCAUCAAGAAGUUAAACAUUUGACAUAUCAUGUCUUGCAAGAUAAAUUUAAAAACAUUCUUUGAGAAUUAUCUUAACCUAAAGAUUAAAUCCAAAUUUUAGUAGAUACUUCAAUUUUGAUUGGUUAAGCACUAUAAUCAAUCUAAUAUUAUCCAAUCAAAUUACUAAAAUUUGGAUUUUAUCUUAGUUAAUAUUUUGUGAAACGCCCCAGUUUAUUAAACAAGAAGCCCUUACGUAUUUCCGAAGAGAACUGUGUGUGUGCUCUGUAUAAUUUAGAGACAAAAUAAAAUGACAUUUUGAUGUCUGUGUCGCGUCCUUAAGUGGCAUGUUAGUUUUUUUUUCUUUUCUUGUUUGUACAUUGAUAGAAAGACUUGAUGAAAUCGAACCUGUGUGGUGUCCACAUGUGCCGUUUAUUAUUUUUAGUGUGAAUGUGAUCGAUCUAACGUCUUGUUAUUUUCGUUUUUUGUAAAUAAAGAGGAUUGAAUGAUAGAAUUUUGGAAAUUUAUUUCUGUUACAAAGUGGUGCAAAGAAUUUGUUGUAUAUGUGGAAUAAGUUUAAUUUUGUGCUUAUUAUCAGAGCGUAAAAUUUCAUUUUUUUUUUUUUCUUGGCAUGUAAAUAAAUAGACACAUGUAAUUUACUUGAGUGGUAAAAAAAAUAUUUGGUCUUGUAUAAUUAUUAUUAUAUCCAGUGUCAUGUGCUACUUUCAAUUUUUUUUUGUUCAGAAUUGAAAUAUAACUGUGAAUGUUUAUGUACAAUUUAACAUCAAGAAGAAUAGAAAAAUACUUUUGUCGAAGAUGAGGUUUUACCAAGAGAUGUAAAAAAAAAAAAAUACAACCCAUUUAAUUUCCUAUCAAAAAAUGUAACACUUUGUCGUUCUAGGCAUCUUGCGAGAAUAAAGAUUAUUAGGAGGGUCAGCAUCACUAUUCAGUUUAUUCUGUACAUUAAUAAUUUUUUUGAUAGGAAAUGAAAAAUAUGAUGUAGAUUGGUUGGAGAAAAAUUUAAGGUCUUUUCUUUUUUUAUCAUUCUAAAAAUUGGAUUGGAAGAAAAAUUAGAAGACUUAAUCUAUUGAAAUAUGUUUCUGUAAGGCGGAAAGUACAAUGUGAAGUCAUUAGGUGUUAACAUUUGUACUCUUACUAGAGACAUCUAAAUAAAUCUGUUGAAAA